UGCGUUCGCAUUCUAAGGACCGACUUCCCUCAUAGCGUUCGGUGUUAAGGAUCCAACCCUCAAUCGGUUAAAUGUUAGCUCCUCAAUCCAAUUCUCGUUGUACCUCUUUUGUGCGUUUUAUGGUAUUGAUGAACCCUAGUGUGCGUCUGUCUUUCAUGCAUGCCAUGCGAGUGUCCUUUGAAGUUGCUAAUAAAUAAUCGGGAAGGAAACAUUAAGAUCCUGGUUUCCAACAAAAGCGUUGUGGACUGUUCUCAAUAACAAGGAUAAUAAAUGAUAUUGGCAUCGGGAUGAUAUCUGCUGCGAAUAGUUGGUGUGUCCGUUAGAAGCGAAUCUUAAAUAUCUCAUCCUUGUUAUAAAAACGUUUCAAAAAGGAAAGAUAAACGACUCCAACCAGAAGUUGUUGUGUCGAAAAAGGAAGUGUUGUUGUUUUUCGAAUGUGGGCCGGAUUUCGUAAGCCGGCGACUACGCCAACCUCGACUAAACUGUUUCAUGUGGGACGGUCACUGAAAGUGGUUUUUGUGAUGGCAAAAGGACAUCCCGUUGCCAACUAUGGACAAUUUGUUACAGCGUGGCUUGGUAGCAUCACAAGCUUUUGGGGGUGGAAAUCAGUUUAGCGUGUUAUUGUGUUAUGCGAUUGUAUAAUCGAAUCAAUUCAGUUUUGAGAUAAAUUAGUCGUGAUUCAUUAGAGUAGUCAGUCGUGGACAACGUUUCAGCUGUCCACCCCGUUUUUGCAGAAAAGUAGGCCAGUCUUUAUGCUGGUUUGAAUGCGUCUAAUUGCAGCACUGUGUGAGGUCAUUUGAUUAAUAUUGUGAAGAGAGAUCGCGAUGAAAGUGAUUAGGUCGGGAGGAAACACGCUUCUGAGAUACCCUUCAUUUCAUAUAGCUUGAAAUCAGGACUUUAUGCACGUUAAAGGCGAAAUUCCGUUUCAACCUAUUUCGGAGCGUUUAACUUGGAACCAGCUGUAAUCUAUUCCAUUUAAUCCUUUCCAGUGAAUUACUUCAAUUCGAGGAAAAUAUCUAGAGCUCAACCAAAACAUUUUUAGAAAUUCGUCCUGACAGGACGUUAAGGAUUUUGAAAUUCAAAUAUGACGAGACUACAUGAAAAUGGGCCACAAACUCUUCCAAAAUGAAUUCAGAUUUCCCAGUCAUAGCUUCCAAGUUCUCUAUUGUAUAUGUAACCCUUGAAAGGACACUUGAUCGAAAGCCUCUCUUGACUUCAUCCAAAACCAUUUAUCCCCAAGAAGUCCUCACUCAAUAAGUGCAUAAUAAACGACCGAAAAGCAAUAACACUUUUCCAAGAACUAAUGUCUACUCCUCCGCGCCACCAGCCCACGAAUACGCCCAAGCACAAGGAGAGUCCAGAUACUUUGUAGAUAUGUUUUUGGAAAGUCGAAAUAGUGUCAGCAAUCACAACUCGUCCCCAAGGCUAAGAAAAUGAAAUUUUCAAAUAAUAGCAAAUCUACAGGAGCGUCGUGACUUUAAUACCGAUAAUACCGUGCGAUAACCAUAACCUCAUAUCAAAUCAAGGACCACAGGUCAAGUGUUCCUCAAAGCCACUCGCUCCGAUCCAGAGGACAUUUAUAGCCCACGAUUAUGUGUAAGUAGUGUUAAAGGACGAGCCACUUGCAGUGAUUCAGGAUGUGUGCCCGGUACGAUUAUUAUACUUGGCCGUCUGAAAAUAAUAUGUAGUGUCCGCCCGACGUCGUCAUCAGUCCUGGGAGAAGCAAAUAUGUGUACUUACUAUGAAUCAUCGUAAAUAUCGAUAGUGCAAGACAGUUUCGACUAACCCGUCGACCCAAGUGAAGGAGGGCGUCAUCAAUGUAUUUGCCAUGGACUUGAAGGCAGGCACGUUCCUAGUAGCGCCGUCUGUUAAAAACUCAAGUUGCUCGCAUCCGAGAUAUACUACAACAGUUUUGAUAUCAAAUAUUGGACCUGUUGAAAUCAUUGAAGCAUUAAUCAUUCUGCUACUGACACUAGGCGUAAUUGGUGCAAAUGCUCUCGUCAUUUUUGUGAUAAACAACCGUCGAUAUACGCCCUUCAUUCAUCAACAGCCGCGCUACCUUCUGACAUCGCUGGCUCUAAACGAUCUCGCCAUAGGACUUUUAUUAACACCAUUCGGUUUAUUACCGGCCUUGCUUCACUGCUGGCCAUACGGUGAGAUAUUUUGCCAAAUUCAGGCGCUGUUACGUGGGGCUCUCUCGCAGCAGAGUGCCGUCAUAUUAGUAUGCAUGGCGGUGGAUCGUUAUAUGAGCGCACUACAUCCCCGCAGGUAUCACCUCCAUUCUAGCAAAAAGGGCUGUGUAGCAAUACUAAGUGCCACUUGGGUUAUGAGCCUAACAGUGUUCGGCAUGCUGGUACUACCAAAAGGCUAUUACUUCAAUGGCACAGGACUAAUGGCAUGUGAGCCGUUUUAUAGUAAACCGUCUUAUAGAAUUUUAGCAACGUGUGCAUUAUAUUUUCCAACAACAAUGAUCCUUAUGUACUGCUACGGAUCGAGCUUUCAUAUGAGUCGUUUUAGACUCCACGAUCAAACCUUAACUAAUUCCACAUUAUCUAGUACAGCAGCUACAACGGCUACAACGGCAGCAACUACAUCGUGUACAAAUAAGAAUAUUUUAGAACAAGAACGAAAUUUAAAUGGUCCAACAUCUCGUUCGAUGGCCGCAAUAUCACUAGGGUUUAUUGUAAUGGUGACGCCGUGGACAAUACAAGAGAUUGUUACAGCUUGCACAGGUUCCAAACUUCCUGCGUUUCUAGAUUUUCUCGUAACGUGGUCAGCGUUGAGCAAUAGUUUCUGGAACCCUUUCUUGUAUUGGCUACUAAAUUCACACUUUCGUCGGCUGGGUCGACAUCUUUUAACAAAUAAGUUCUGCCAAUAUGAAGAGACUCCCGAUCACAAAUCCCAUUGCUGCAAUAUCAUCUCAGAAUGUGAUCAACUCUCGCUACCGCUUCCACCAGGACCUCCAUCCGUACGGCGCUCCGAUCAGCACCAAACAACCGUCAUUCGUCCAGACAUUGAGGGUUUAUCAGAAAAAUACUGGGGUGAAAUCCUCGAGCGAACGGUCAGCUCCAAUAGCCUCCAUGCUCUUCAGAAGACCUACGGACAAACGCAACAUCAUCCCCAACAAUCUACAACCAAUUUUAGUAUAACAAAUGAUUUGAAUCUGCAAUCGUGCGAAAUUGGCGAACGGUUAGCCACGACUUUUAUGAACAGCAACGACAAUGUCCUGAAAAAGUGCGAACAUAUCUACCAUGAUGUGAACUGUGCGAAGAAUAAGGUGAAUUUCAGCACGAGCGGCAGCUGUCCAAGUUCCAGUAUACUUCCAGAUAUAUAGUAUUCGUUUAAGGAUAGUUCUAAACAAACAACUCAAUUGUAAGCGUAAUGAAACCAAACUAAGUUAACAGGAAAAACCAAAAAUGUCGCAAUAUCUCGUGCUAGAUUCGAUGAAAACGUAUUAGUGGAA